UGAGCUUAAACUUUAUUUAUUUUACCUUAGAUGAAGAGACAGAAAGAUCCUAAAAUGUGAAAAUUUUGUUUUGAUUGUUGAUUUAAUUUUUUUUUGUUAUCAAAAUGAUUAAUCCAAUUGAAAUGUUUAACCUUCCUCCAUUGAUUUUUAUAUCGUUAUAACGUUCUAUUUUUCUAAUUGGAACCAUAUAUUAAAAGUUGAACAUAUUUUUUUUAUAUAUACAUAUUACUUCUUACAACUACAACUCCAUCAAGUUCUCUUGUCUCUACCUUUUUCUUUCUCAUCCUCAUCAUCAUUCUUUUGCUUCGUUACUUUAUUAUUAUAAUCAUUUACUACUAUUUUUUGCCUCUAUCUGUGCUUUCUUUUUCUGUUUAUUGGUUAAUUUUUUGAUUUUGUUUUUCCUUCAUCUGUCCACAAUUUUUCAAUGUAAAUGUGUAAAGCGUGUCUUUGGUAUUCUUAAACUACUACUCAAGAAAACUGAUAAGAGUAAAGUGGAUUGGACCAGGGAGACAUCAACAGAUUAUAUUUUGAAUUAAAAGCAAGUCAAAAGAGUGAGAGGCAAAGGGAACUUACCAAGAAAAGUUACCGUAAAGUGAAAUCAAAAUGGAUACUGUAAUUGAUGAAAACAGGAGAAUACGGCUACAAGAACUUGAGGAUUGUUUACUUAACAUUAGAUCUGAGCUUAAUGUUGACGGAUUAUUGGAUUGUGUCCAAGCAGUUGUCACUGACUGUGACCAACCUGCACUUCGUAGGCUCAAAAAUAUAGAAGGUUUUCUUUCAAGAUAUGAAAAGGCCUCGGGUAGAAUUGAAAAUUGUCGAAUGAAACCUGAUGAUUAUUCUGUGAUAAAAACUAUUGGUAGAGGUGCCUUUGGAGAGGUACAAUUAGUUCGCCAUAAAGCCACCAAAAAAGUUUACGCCAUGAAGCUACUUAGCAAAUUUGAAAUGAUCAAACGAUGGGACUCUGUUUUCUUCUGGGAAGAAAGGUUCAUCAUGGCUCAUGCUAACUCGGACUGGAUAGUAAAGUUACAUUACGCUUUCCAGGAUAGCAAAUAUCUGUAUAUGGUGAUGGAUUAUAUGCCUGGAGGAGAUUUAGUUACCCUUAUGAGCAAUUAUGACAUACCAGAAAAGUGGGCAAAAUUCUAUUGUGCUGAAGUUGUCCUAGCCGUAGAUGCCAUCCACUCUAUGGGAUUUGUUCAUCGAGAUAUUAAACCAGAUAACAUGUUACUUGACAAAUAUGGUCACCUUAAAUUAGCCGAUUUCGGUGCUUGUAUGAGAAUGGAUGAAGAUGGCUUGGUCCGUGGGGACUCGGCCGUAGGAACACCAGAUUAUAUUUCACCUGAAGUCUUAGAAUCUCAAGGAGGUGGCCGUUGUUAUGGUCGUGAAUGUGAUUGGUGGUCAGUCGGUGUUUUCUUGUAUGAAAUUCUCAUUGGUGAUACGCCUUUUUACGCUGACUCCUUGGUUGGUACUUAUGGUAAAAUUAUGGACCACAAAAAUUCACUUAGUUUUCCUGAAGAUUUUGAUAUUUCUAAAGAAGCCAAACAUUUAAUUUGUUCAUUUUUGGAAGAUCGUGAAAAACGUUUAGGCCGUGAUGGUGUUGAUGCCAUUAAAAGACAUCCUUUUUUUGCAAAUGACACUUGGACUUUUGACAAUAUACGUGAAUGUGUUCCUCCCGUCGUUCCCGAAUUGAUAAGUGACGAUGAUACCAGUCAUUUUGACGAAUUUGAAAGCAAUGAACAACCAGCCCAAAAUUUUCCCGCAUCAAAAGCUUUCGCUGGCAACCACUUGCCUUUCGUUGGUUUCACAUAUUCUAGUGAUUAUCAAGUUUUAUCUAAUAGAUCUUCGAAGAUGAGCAAUGAUUUGGUUCAUAAUGAUGGUAACAAGACGAUUGAAGUUUUACAAGACGAACUUAAAAAGACCCGUAAUAGAAACGAAGAAAUAGAAAAGGCUUAUCGAGUCACAUUAGCCCAAUUGGAUAACCUAAGUCAACAAAGUGAAAAUAUCAACUCUUUACGAAGUGAAAAAUUGGACUUGGAAAAGAGUUUGGCGGUUAUUAGACAUGAUCUUAAAGAGACACAACGACGUUUAGAUCAUGAAAUAGAGUCAAAAAGAAAAGUUGAAAACAAAAAUAACGAUUUAUGGACCAAAUUAGAGCAAGAACAAAAUUUACGAUCAAAACUUAACCAAACUGUUCAAAACUCGAAUGAAAAGAUUGUUAAUUUAGAGAAACAAAUUUCUAUUCUAACUGAUAAAUAUAAAAAUGAAACGGAAAGUGUUUGUAAAUUGAAAAAGGCUCAGGCCGAUUUGACGCUUUCUUGUUCAAAUAAGGAUCAAUUUAUCGAACAGCUGAGAGAAGACGUUAAUAAUUUACAAACAUCUAUUUCUAAUCAUAUUCAAGAAAUUACUUCACUUAAAGGUCAACUUGAAACUGCAUGGCUACAAGCCGAUUCAAUAUCUAAAGAGCUUGAAGUUCGUACACAAUCCUACCAGAAUGAGUUGGAACAGUUGAAACAGAAGGAAGCUUUGUCUAGAAUGGAUAAUCAAAAAUUGACUGAAAAAACUGCUAGUUUAGAAAAGGAACAUUCAAUGCUAAAACUGGAGCUUAAAAAUCUUCAAUGUAAAUUGUCACAGAAAAAUCAAUCUCUAUGUAUAGAAAAUUCAAAUUCAACAAAUAAUGACAACUUUGAAUCUUAUCAAUCUUUACAAUCAAAACUUAACGAAGAAAAAGGCCUACGUCAAAAAGCUGACUCUGUGAUCCAGGAAAAAGAAAGACAAUUAUCAAUGUUAAACGUUGAACAUCGCCAAUUAAAUCAACAUUUCCAAAAACUUCAAGGAGAAUAUAGACAGGAGAUUGAGAAAGUUCGUGCAUUGAAGGCUCAAUUAGAGGAUGAAUCAAUCAAAAGGACAAGCGUUCAAAAUGAAGUUCGAGAAGCAUUAGAGGAAUUAAACAAAUAUAAACAACGAGAGCAACAAUUGUUGAAAGAAUUGAAUGAUUACAAAGAUAUUAAAUCAACGCUUGAAGAUGAUAUCGCCAAGAUGGAAUCUCACCGAGCCGAGAUUAAUAUUCAAAUGAAAGACAUUCAAACACAAUUGGAUGAUCAGCAACACUUUACAUCACUGUACAAGACUCAAGUUAAACAUUUGAAAGAUGAGUUGGAGGAAAAGCAAAAGUUCAUAUUAGAUUAUAUGGAAGAAAAGAGCAGUUUAACGGGGAAAAUGGACAAACUUAAUGGAUUGAUUGCUAAUUUGGAAAAGGAAAAGGCUGUUCGAGAUCUUGAAAUGCAAGAACUUGAAAGGCGUCUCAAGGCAGAUAUUAUUAGUAAAGAAUCUGAACUGAAUAAAACAAAGGAAAAAGAGAGCGAACUGAAUAAGAAAAUAGAAUCUCUGGAGCAGGAACAAGAAAAUCUGAAUGCCAAGAUUCAUCAAAUGCAACAAGUAGAAAUCAACAAUAUGAAGAACCAUAACACCAAUCAAGAGGAAUUGGCACUCCUCCAGAAACAGUUGAAACGGGAGCGAGAUCUCAAGACUCAGGCUGUCCAUAAACUUGAAGAAAUUAUGACACGGAAAGAUAUUGCGAAUAUUGGUGGAAAGAAGAACAAAUCAAGCUCAACUGAACUCAGAAAGAAAGAGAAGGAAUGUAGAAAACUUCAACAAGAUCUGACUCAAGAGAGAGAAAAGUACAAUCAAAUGGUUGCCCGUUUCCAGAAAGAAAUAUCUGAGCUUCAAGCUUCACUCCAUGAGGAAAACCAAGCAAAGAUUAAGUUACAAAUGGAAGUUGACUCUAAAGAUUCUGAAAUUGAAAAUCUUAGGAUGCAAAUCUGUCAUAGAGAAUCAAUUACAACCAUUGAUCUCCAUUCAAGUCAAUUAUCUUUGGUUAAUAAUGAUUCAGAGGAUGUUGAAAAUAUGCGUCUUCAAGGAUGGCUUUCUAUACCAAAUAAGCAAAACAUUAAAAGAUAUGGUUGGAGGAAGCAAUAUGUUGUAGUAUCGAGUCGUAAAAUUAUAUUUUAUAACAGUGAAGCAGAUAAAGCCAAAGCUGAUCCAGCUCUAAUAUUGGAUUUAAGUAAAUUAUUUCACGUUCGACCUGUUACCCAAGGUGAUGUCAUCCGUGCUGAUGCAAAAGAAAUCCCUAGAAUAUUUCAGCUCUUAUACGCUGGGGAAGGUGAAAGCAGGAAACCAACUGACUCAACUCCACCGGAACUUCAAAAAGAGCUGCCACAGUCAGGAGUGGAGCAGCACAAAGGACAUGAUUUUAUUCCCAUCAGUUAUCACAUGCCUACAACUUGUGAAGUUUGUCCAAAGCCACUUUGGCAUAUGUUCAAACCUCCAUUAGCAUUGGAAUGUCGACGAUGCCGAGUCAAAGUUCACCGGGAACACAUAACAGAGGAAAAAAUUGCACCAUGUAAAGUAAAUUAUGAUCCCAACAGCGCCAAAGAACUUUUAUUGUUGGCUGGAACAAUAGAGGAACAACAGUAUUGGGUUUCCAAAUUGAGGAAAAAGAUUGAAAAAGGUGGCUACGCAGCCAAAUGAAUCGUACUUAAUAAAAACGCGCAAAGACAAACUUAAACCCAGCGUUGCAAUGAGAAAAGAGUAAAGAAACAUUCUGGCCUGGAAAUUACAUCUUGCUUUUUCGUACAAUAAUAUGACUUACAGGAAUACGUCCAUUGGUUUAUUGAUAAAAUAUUAAAUAUAAAUAUUUAAAUACAUAUACAUAUUUAUACAUAUUAUAUAUUUUUAUCUCUCUGCUGCUAUUGGCCAAAACUGUUAUCGUGCUCUUUUGCCUUCUCUGUUUACCACAAUGAAUGCCAACAUCAUCACAAUCAACUUCAACAUCAAAUCAACCUUUAAAUUACUCUUUGCCAUUCUGUAUCUCUCACUGUUGCUGAUCACAAAAUAAUCCCGUCAAGAUGAACCUUACUCUUUCUCUCACCCUCUCCUUCUCUCUUUGCCUGCGUUUCCACCUUUUCAUCCAUUCCAUCAUCUUAAAGUUUCUUCAAACCCGUUCUUGCCUCUCUUCCAAAUACAAAUUGACUCGAUAUAACCAAGCGGGCCGAAGAAUGGCCAAUAUUUCUCAUCGUACCUGUUUGCCUGAUAUAUAUCUGCAUAACUCUUGCCUUAUAAACACAGAUUGUGGCCUUACUCAAAAUUGAAAAUGCAUCAUCUUAGUUAUUCAAAAUAUUUCCUCUUUUUAUACGUUUUCCUUAUCAUUUUCAUCAUUGCCAUUCAUCUUCAUUGCCGUCAUCGACAUUGAACAAAAAUUUACCUGGAAAAGCCGUUAAAAUGAAAGAAACCAAGUCUUCUUAAAAUUUGUAUUCUGAUUCACUUUGUAAAGAGAGUUAAAAAAAACUAUUGUUAAUGUUAUAGGAAUCAAUCAGAAUUUAAUCUAAUUCUAACUUUGUAAAUAUAUUUUUUGAUGAUGAACAGCAAAAAAUGCGAGAACACCAACAACAUGGAACAAGCAAACCCAAAAGUUACGAAAAAAACGCAAGCAAAAAGGACAUUGAAUAAUGUACAUAAAAUAAUUCUGUUUUUUUUUCAUUCAAUAUUUAUACAUGCAAAAGAAGAGAAAUGAUUACAAUUUAGUUUCUCUGUCAAUAUAAAUAUGCUUUUCCAUUUGAUUAAA